AUGCCCGACGACGAGCGCCGGCGUCGACGCAAACACGACUCCGACCGCGACCGCGACCGGGAGUCCGCCAGCUCCCGCGACAAGCACCGCUCCACCCAUCAGAAGUCGACCAGUUCCAGCAAACUCCCGCUCCACAAGCGAAAGUCUGGCAGCCGUGAGCGGGACUCACUCAGACCCAAUACCGCCUCGGAGAGAUCGACCCCCUCCAGAAAGGCCUCCAUGGUCCCCGAAAUGGGCCGCCGUCCGAAUGGCGCCGAGGUGCGGCCCACCACGUCGUAUCCAACUUUCAGCAAAGCCCACAGCCGUGAAGCAGUGGGCAGCAGGGAAGAGAUGGCGAAUGCCAAGGCGGUACCAAUCACCCCCGAACCCACAGAGCUGGACAAUGAGAAGUCAGCCAAGAGGAGGAACUCUUCUCCAGCCAAGCCAGCCGCUCCCACGAGAGCGCCGCCGAGUCCCCCACUGACUGCAGACGACCCGGACAUCAGACGCUCGGGAAGCGGCAGGAGCAUGCGAGAUGCUGCAGACGAUGUCAAGGAGAGGAUGGAGAGUGGCAGAAAGAGUACGGACAUCCCUCGCGGCAACGGCGUGAGGAUGCCCAAGUCAAGCGCUAGCCUGCGCAAAGAGGCACGGCUUGGGCAGUCGGAGGUGUCGAGCAUGCCGGGCGCCUUUCCAGACGAGGAGAACAAGUCCACGCCCAACAGCAGCUACCGCAGGACAGUAUCUACAACCUCGCAGACUGCCUCUCAGCAAGGCUCUGCGCUCACGGAGGAGACGACCGACUCGGAUGCUACAUCUAUUGCGCCAGAACGGAAGGCCACGAGGAGAGUAUACCAUGUGGACGGAGCUUCGCCGCCAUCCGUCACGGACUCACAGCCGAAGACUCCCACCCAGGAAUAUGUCUCUUUCCCGCCAAACGUGCGUUCCACACCGAUCAUUGAUGUGGGUGCUGCCAAAAAGUCCACCCCUAUGUCGCUCAAUACGCCGAGAACAGCCAAGCAGAUGCCACCACCUCCUCCACCGCCGCCUCCACCCGCCGAGAACCUCAGAGAGGCACCGCGAGUCGACUACCUGCUCAAGAACGGCGGGCUGCCUUAUCCUGUUUCGAGGAGGCUGGUGCAGACAGGCCCGGGGACCCCUGUACAGCAGUACAGCGUCUACCAAUCUCCCGCUUUGACCCAGUCUGCGCCGCUCGAGGAAUACUCGAGGAUCUUUAGCACCAUUCACAAGCGCCUUGAUGACUACCUGCAGGUACUUCACAGCAAUGGAUCACUUGCCGUCGCUACCGGAUAUAAGUCUGUUGCUCGCCGACUACUCGACAAACUAUCGCAGGUGUUUGCGCGCGACAUCUCAUCACAACGAUGCGAUUGCGUAGUAUGCAAGACAACCCCUCAGCCGUUCCUGUCAGAUGAAGAAGACUCAGGCGUCAGCUGGGGUGAGAUUUUGGAAUUUGUAGCCGGUCGUCGAGACCUGCCGCAGUGGCCACCGUUCAGCAUACAGCCCGAUGAAAGUGGCCUGGGGAUCUCGGGAGCGACGCAGGCGCCCAUGCAGAAACUUGACAUUGACGUUCCCGAGGAGUACAAAGAUCAUUACAUUCGACAGAACCAGAAGACCAAGCGCGCCGUGCAGAGCUGGCUGUCGCGGCAGCCAGACUUCCCGUCAAGUCCGCCAGAGGAAGCAGAUGAGGACACGCUAAUGUUUGCGAUGAUGACAAAACUCACCGUCCAGCAGCGAAACCUUUUCAUUGCCUUGAUGCAUGGUCAGAACUUCAUCUCUGAAUCAAGAGCUCCUACGCCAGCCGAGCGGCCCACGACUUCAUCAAAUGCCCUCAGGCGAGCGAAGAAGGCUCUUCAACGAUUGUAUCGCCUGGAUAGGCCGCCGCGGGACUGCGAAGCAGCUAUGUAUCUCUUGAACAAUCCUCACCUACACGGAAUGCUCGCUACGCUCGCCGAAGUCAACGAAGCCGAGUGGGAUAUCCUUAUUUCGGGUAGAUUUGACGGCUUCCUCUGGUCUGGCGCCGAGACUUCUUUUCCACCUUCAGCCUCAGCUUUCAAUUCAGCUGCAGCAUCAUCUCGGGGGCCAUCACGGGGACCAACGCCUUUGUCUCGGAAUGGCACGCCUUUCAGCGGCUUGAGCGGCAUUCCUUCGCGGAGUACCACUCCGUUCGAGAUGGACGGGCAGCACAUGCCUUCAAUGUUUCCAUCGCGUGGGCCCACUCCAGGGCCCAAUGGUGUCGGCGUUGCCCCGCCAGCACCGGUGCAAUUGGACGAGGAUACUGAGAUCGCGGUCGCUGCCGAGCUGGAGCGCAACCUGUUCCUCGACAUGGAAAGACUGGAAGACGCAUUCGAGAUUCUACAUGGACGCGCAGAAUCGGUCCGGCAGAUGCUGCGUGAACGAUCGGCAGGCCUCUCCUCACAGGCCCAACUGCGGCGCGGCAGCGGCUUUGGUGACCCCGUUGGCGUGAGACUGGACACUCCCGCGAGCGGUGUCACCGAUUUCGACGAGGAUGACGAUGGUCUUGCAGAUCUGGCCAGUCUUGCCCCUGAUGACUCUGCUAGUCAGAUCAGUGUCAAUCGUCGCCAUCGUCACCGGCGCGAGCGAAAGACACCCGGACCGGAGGCGGUUCCCGAGGAAGACGAGACUGUCUUCGAAGAGGAGCGAGAACGAUGCAGGAGGGACAGGAAUGGACGAAGAUCAAAACACUGA